AUGGCGGCGGCCGGGAGCGGCGGGAGCCGGGCGGACAACGGCUACGGCGGGCAGCAGGCGCGGCGCAGGAAGGGCCCGGGCGCCCUGGCCACGGGCUACCUCGUUAUCUACAACGUGGUGAUGACGGCGGGGUGGCUCGUUAUUGCAGUCGGCCUAGUUCGGGCAUAUCUGGCUAAAGGCAGCUACCACAGCCUUUACUAUUCAAUAGAAAAGCCUCUGAAAUUCUUCCAAACUGGAGCUUUGCUGGAGAUUCUGCACUGUGCACUUGGCAUUGUCCCCUCUUCUGUUGUUCUGACUGCUUUCCAAGUGAUGUCAAGGGUUUUCCUGACAUGGGCAGUAACACAUAGUGUAAAAGAGGUACAAAGUGAAGACAGUGUCCUCUUGUUUGUAGUAGCCUGGACAAUCACCGAGAUCAUCCGUUACUCUUUUUACACCUUUAGCUUGUUAAACCAUCUCCCUUAUCUCAUCAAAUGGGCCAGGUACACUUUGUUUAUAGUAUUGUAUCCAAUGGGAGUCUCAGGUGAAUUACUCACAAUAUAUGCUGCAUUACCCUUCGUCAGGCAGUCUGGCUUGUAUUCCAUUAGUUUACCUAACAAGUACAAUUUUUCAUUUGACUACUAUACAUUCCUGAUCCUGGUCAUGAUCUCUUACAUUCCAAUCUUCCCUCAGCUCUAUUUCCACAUGCUGCAUCAGAGGCGGAAGGUUCUCUCCCACACUGAGGAACACAAGAAGCCGGAGUAAUUCCAACUCUUUUUCAGAACUUUUCAAACAUCAAAAUGCUGCAGUUUUUCAAUACCCAGCACAUUUGUAAAGAGUAUACCAAGAUAAGUCAGAGGUAAAAGACCAGUAAUUUAGCAAGAAUAACUAAUAAAUCUGUUUUCAGUGAAAUUCCAGGAUGUCAAACAUUGAAAUAAUUUCAGCUUGCAGUGCUUCGGAAAACUUAAACUUUAUAUGGCUUGGCAGUUAACCUUUUCCUUAAAUGAUGUGCUAAAUGGUUUUCAUUUAUUACUAAAUGCCUGAAGGUUGCAGUAUGAGUGAUGAAGUUGUACCCACUAAAUGCCUGAAUUGGGAUUAUAUUACUGAUACCUCCUUUUUUAAGUGCUUGACUGCAUGCCAGAAACUGUAUGUAUUGCUGGGAAAGCAAACAAUAUGCUCUGGAAUAUUUCAGGAUAAUGUCAGAGACUUCAGUGGAGAAUGUAAUCUGGGCAAAGUAUUUGAAUUUAGAAAGGUAGGUUGUGUAUUUAAAGGUGAUGGGAACAAGAACAAGAAACCAAUUACGGAAAAUGAGGGGAAUGUGGUUCUUUAGGAAUUUAAACAGUGUCUGACCAGAGUGUGCUCUCUGAAGAUCUUGUUUAAGCUGAUCACUCAAAUGCUAAUAUUAAUUCAGAGACUGCAGUUCUUACCCAAAACAUUAAAACUACCCCAAGUACUGCAUCCCUGAAUACUUUUUUACAUAUUAAAAAAAUAAAUAAUACUAACUGUAAUACUUCAGUGGUAUCAGUAAUGAAUCUAAAGAAUAUAAGGAGGUAGUUCACCCAGAAACAGGUGCAGUUCUCCCUUUUUUACUAUAAAUUAUCAUCUCUAGUCAUUGUUUGUGAUACUCAUCUUUCAGUGCUGAGGUCUGCUUGGUCUUCUGUGUUUGGGAGCCUUGUUCCUUAGCCUGACUUUUCUCAAGUGACUGAGGUCAUCACUCUGGCACUUCCAAGCAGGCAGUUCCAGGCACUCAGCUUCUGAAGUGUUGCAAAGUCAUAAUCUGCAGAGCAAAUUCUCACGUGUUACUCGCUGCCUUUGCCUGGAGGACAAGCCACCCUCGUCUGCUCUUUGGAAAGAGUAGAAGGCCACAAGAAGUUACAUUCUCCUAGGUGCUUUCUCAGGUUCUUAGGCUUUACCUUUCCUUGGAAGGUAAAAGGAAAAGGAAGGAGCUGAGAAAGGCUUGUGGUGAGGCAGAAAGCAUUAGUGCUGUGUGAGCUGGGCCCAAGCCUAGAAGAAACUUCUGAUUGGGAGCAACAGGGUGGGGAAUGAAGGGAGCAAAAGGAGAAGGUAAAUGAAUGGAUAUCCAGGCAGAGACAAAAGGAAAUGUAGGUUAUGGCUUUGCUCUGUUAGGAAUUGAUGGCCAGACAGUCCUGUCUGCAGCCAGUGGGAGUCACUAGACAUGUGAGCCUCUCUGGCUUCCCUCUGGUCAUGAUUCAGUGCACAGCUGAGGUGUGACCCUCCCAUGCUGCCUGCAGUGCUGCCUCAUGCUGGGCCUGCCAGCACUCCCCUGCACAUGGCCUGGUUGUGUUUGACACAUCCCAGCUCAUCUAAACACAGCUGGGAGGUACUGAGAACACAGGCUCUCUGUUCUAGCAGUUGGGAAGAGCUGGAUUUACAGUUAUCAUAUACAGUUAUUAUAUACAGUUAUUCAGAUUUAUGCUUGUCAGAGCAAUAUUAAAAAAAACCAAACUUGUUAUUUUUCAGUGAUUUUUCUUUGGCUCCAUCAAAAAGACUGAAUUUCCCUGUCUCUGACUAUACAGAGCCUUUCCUGUUCAACACAAACAGGAUUAUUAUAGGCAGAGAAAGGACAAGGGACAAUAAUAAUCUUUGUUCUAUUUUCAACAUUUUGGAGCCAGUUAUUGACUGGAUUAUAAAACACAGGAGGUUGUAGCAAGUUGGGUGUUGGUCUUUUCUCCCAAGGUACAAGCAAUAGGACUAGAGCCUACUGCCUCUUGUUGUGCCAAGGAAGGUCUAGAUGGGAUAUUAGGGAAAAUUUCUUCAUGGAAAGAAAUGUCAGGCAUUGCAACAAGCUGCCCAGGGAAGUGAUAGAGUCACCAUCCUUGAAGGUAUUUAAAAUACCUGAAGAUUGGUGCAUAAGGAUGAGGUUUACUGGGAUUUUGCAGUGUUAGGAUGAUGGUUGGACUCAAUCUUAGAGGUCUUUUCCAACCCAAACAAUUCUGUGAUUGUAUUACUAUGGCCAUAUACAACCUCAAAAUGGUUUUGGAUUCAAAGAUGCAAAAAUUCAAUUAAUUUAUGCAUUAGGUUAUGUGCUUUGUUGUAGUGAUCUGAGAAAUGUUACAUUAUUCUGAAGUCAUUGUUUGAAAGUGUGAACUUCCACCUCUGGACAAAAAUCUCCUUUUGCUUCUACUUGCUAUUAAAGAAAUUAAUGUCAAUAUUUCUGAAGGAUGUAAUCUAAAAGAUCUGAUUUCCUGAUGUACUUAGGUUACUGGAUAUUGUCAAUGCUCAGCUCCUGAACUUUUCUUAAUUUGAUUUCUGUGCCCAAGUAAAAGAUUUGGUUUCAAAUUUGUUGGUCCAAUUUGGAGAUAAAAAAUGGCUGUGUAAUAUUCCUGCAUGAAACAAGCUCCAGGCUCUGUUGAUGAGAAAGAUACAGAACAGAUCUACACAGAUAGCACUGGCACCAUGGAAAAGCAGAGCAAGCUGCCAGUAGUGAGAAAACUUCUACAACCAACACCUUUGCUGAAUAGGCUGUACUAUGGAAUAUUAACUUUAAUUGAAAGUAUCCCGUUUAUGACAAAAAUGCAAAUAAACUAUGGCCUUUUAAAAUAAAAUGGAGUUACUUUUCCUUUCAGAAGAAAAAGUAGUUGCAUU